UUCCAAACAGCCUUUGAUAAACAAAAGCAUCGAAAUGACUGAUCUGAAAGUACACCUAUACUCAAAGGCUAACCAUAUCACAAGCAUCUGUGCUGCAUGUGCUGAAGCUGAACAAAUCAGGCUAUAAUCGGAGAGGGCAAAAGCCAACUACGCCAGAGACGGAUCGAGACCCGAGGGGCGCAGAAAUCCAUCCAAUAAUCUACGCAAUUAUUUACUGACCACUGACUAAACGAAGCGAUCCCGUGUCGAUCUUGUCAGGCGCUCCAAUUAUUUUGACCCCAGCUCAGCUACCCACCGCUUUCACGGUUUCCUGGUUGCUUCCUUCUCCAUCCUCUCCCGUUCUCCCCUGUUCUUGGCGAGGAUACGGCGCAUGUGAUGAGCUCCUGCUCCUCCCCUUGGAAUCUCCCUCUGAUUUCAAACGUGAUAAUCUUUAGAAGUCAACAAUGGAUGGCAACCAGAAUGACAUCUGUGGGCAAUCUGCAAAUCUCACUUCCAAUCCUCUCUACUACCAGUUCGGUUUAGACAAUCCACUCUUUGGCAUGGGAAUUCAGCAGCCAUUUCCACCAUCCACCUCACCAUUCGGCGCUUCUUCAUCCACUAACAUCCCCCACAUGGAUUGGAAACCGGCUAUGAUGCUAGACAAUCUCACAUUCAUCGAGGAGAAGAUACGGCAAGUGAAGGAUGUCAUCCGUUCAAUGGUGGACAAUGGCGGCCAGUUACCGGGUCGCACAGGGGACAUCGUUCAGCAGCAGCAGGCGGUUAAUGCAGACCUGACAUGCCUCAUAGUUCAGCUCAUCUCUACUGCUGGGAGCCUUCUCCCAUCACUGAAGAACUCAUCCUUUCUGAGCCACCCCCCAGCUGGACACAUGGACAUGGCUAACCAUGUCGGCUCAAGCUCAAGCAUGGUCCCUUAUACGACUAUCUCCGAAGAGAACAAUGAGGUAAUGUGUAGCCCUGAAGACUAUGAUGAGCUUUUCAAGGGAUUGACUGAUGGCACUGUGGAAGGGGGCAUUGAAAUAGACAAUGUUCUUGUUGAGGAGCAGGAUACAAAGGACGGCGACGAAGGUGGCGAUGCUGGCAUGGAUGGAGAGAACCUACUGCCAGGCUCAUAUGAAUUACUGCAGCUGGAGAAGGAUGAGAUAUUGGCUCCACACACACACUUCUGCUCCAUCUGUGGAAAGGGUUUCAAGAGGGACGCAAAUCUGCGGAUGCACAUGAGAGGGCAUGGGGAUGAGUACAAGAGCCCCGCUGCACUAGCCAAACCACCCAGAGAUGCAAGCACAGAGCACGCCAUGGUGAAGAGGUACUCAUGCCCGUUCGUCGGUUGCAAGCGGAACAAGCUGCACAAGAACUUCCAGCCCCUCAAGACGAUCCUGUGCAUGAAGAACCACUACAAGCGGAGCCACUGCGAAAAGAGCUACACCUGCAGCCAGUGCCACACCAAGAAGUUCUCCGUCUUGGCUGACCUCAAGACGCACGAGAAGCACUGCGGCCAUGUCAAGUGGCUGUGCUCCUGCGGAACAAGCUUCUCGAGGAAGGACAAGCUCUUUGCGCAUGUGGCUCUGUUCCAAGGCCACACGCCGGCCCUGCCAUCGGAGGAGUCAAAGGUUUCAGACCAAGUUGGUCGCGUAGGAAGCCAUCAGGAACCAGCGAAACUCACAAGCUCCAUGGGCAGCUUCAUGUGGGAUAACUCAUCAGGCGAUGACACUGUGCUAGAUAUCAAAGGGCUCGACAGCUGUGGCGAUGAUUUCCUAUCAACUGCGAACUUUGGGUCCUUCAAUUUCAGUUUUGGGCCACUUGAUGAAAUCAAAGGAAAUCCUUCCGAGGGUUCAUUUGCAAUGCUGCCUUCUGAGCACUUCCAAAGCGUUCGAGAGAAGGGGGAGAACUAAACACAGACAAUCUCGGGCAGCUUCAGAUGUCAUCAUCUCUGUUCUUUGUUUUCAUCCUUAUUGCUGUAGUAUACAUCACCUUUGCUUCCAUGGCACUGCAUUUGGCUGGGAAGUUCAGCUAGAAUCUUCCUAGCUUGUUGUAUUCUAUGCACUACCUUUUACUAGUAUUUCUAGUCCAAUGAGCUUUCCUCU